AUGUUGUCUAUUGUCGUUAUCAUUUCUAUUCUAUUAAUUUAUCAACCUUAUCAAACUUAUCAAUUGGAAACCAUUGAAGCAGCUUUAGCUAGUACUGUUGAAUUACCGUGUUCAGUCAAUCAAAAUAUUGAACCAACAAAUCCUGCAAAGAUCAUCUGGAUCCGAGAUGAUCGAGCAGAUAUUGUCAGCCUUGAUUCAGUUAUAACAGUACGAGAUCGUCGAUUAAGUAUUCAAACAAGGACUAGUAUUGAUCGAGAAGAACGCGUUCUACGUAUUACUAAUAUCGAAGAACAAGAUCAUGGCCUUUAUCGUUGUGUCUACGGUGAUAUUACAUUAAACGAAAUUCUUCUUGAUGUGCUCAUACCACCAAGAAUUAUUUCACAUUCACCGGAAGAUAUGAGUUUGACCGUUCGGGAAGGUCAAGAUGCUCGAUUCUCUUGUACGGCAUCCGGUCGGCCAACACCCGUUAUUGUCUGGCAAGUCAACGGAUUAUCCAGGCCAACGAUGAUUACAACAAGUAAGUUGCGGGNNCCAAGAAUUAUUUCACAUUCGCCGGAAGAUAUGAGUUUGACCGUUCGGGAAGGUCAAGAUGCUCGAUUCUCUUGUACGGCAUCCGGUCGGCCAACACCCGUUAUUGUCUGGCAAGUCAACGGAUUAUCCAGGCCAACGAUGAUUACAACAAUUGCGGGUACCAAUGAAAGUAUUCUGAUUUUGCGUAAUGCUUCACGAUUUGAUUCGGGACGUGUCGAUUGUUCGGCAACGAACUCUUUGAGUACCGUCAACCGACAAUUUCUUCUACAUGUCAAAUAUAAACCGACUGUAACGGUUCCAUUUCAUCUUUCUUAUUUUCGCCUGUACGAUUCGACAACGAUAACGUGCCGUGCCUGUGCAGUGCCAUCACCCACAAUCUUUGAUUUCUUUCGUCCAAAACACGUCGAACCUAUAGAGCAUGGAAUCAAGGAUAAAUUUGACGAAUUUAUCAAUCAAACAUGUCGACAAUUAACUAUAACAUUCUAUUUCAGUGAUCCAUCGUUCUUCGGACCAUAUGUAUGUCGCGCCAGAAAUUCUGUUGGAGUUUCGCAUGCUGAAUUUGUUCUCAAAGAAUUAGUCCAAUCGACUAAACAUCUGAAACAUAUAACUGAACAUCAACCUUCAACAACGCCCUCGAUAGUUACUAGUACUUUAUCAUCUGUAAUAACAAACAAUGACGAUUCACCUGAACGUCAUAUUCAAUAUUCAUACAAAUCAAAUACAGUUGUAACGGGAAUCAAUGCUCAGACAAACCGAGCAUUGCAGUUGUCAACAUCGUUUCUAUUAUUAAUAGGUCUUUUGUUCAUAACUAGUCGAUGUUGA